AUGGCAAGCUUCCAGCACCCUUUCCAAUGCGUGAAGUACACCAAGCAACAGUCUUCAGGCUCUGUGGGACUCUUGGUGGCUUCAGCGGGGCGGCGUCUUUACUCGUAUUCCGCAGUCAAUGGCCAAUGCCUGGACGCAUGGCCCAAGACUGUAGAGUCGAGCUCCGAGUUUGCUUCCAAUGACCAAGUACCUGCGGAGAAGAGGAGAAAGAUUUCGCCAGCUCCCGACGCUCAAAAAGAAGAAUCGAAAGAGAAGCCUUCGACCAAAAAAUCCUCGGGCAAUCAAUUGCCAGAGUGGACCAACAUUCCUAUUCUUCUAACCUCCUCCGAUGGCAAGCAUGUUGUGGCCCUAACUGCCGAUGACAAAUGCAUUCGAGUAUUCAGUUUGAGUGGAGAUGGAAAACUAGAUGAGAUCAGUUCUCGGACGAUGCCCAAGCGCCCAAGUGCGUUGGCCUUGACACCUGAUGAACAGACCAUCUUAUGUGCUGACAAGUUUGGGGAUGCUUACUCCUUGCCUCUGAUUCCUGGGGAGUAUACUCCUCGCGUGGAGGAGGCAAAGGCUUUUAAGCCUGCUGCUACAAAUCUCACUGUGCACUCGCAGCGCAAUUUAGAAACUCUAAAGAACCAAAUCACGCAGUUCGAAAAAGAGGCUCAAAAGUCUGCUUCGAAAAAUGGCAACACGGAUGAAACAGUUGCGUCUGGUUUCGAGCACCAGCUAAUUCUGGGCCAUGUUUCCUUGCUCACCGACCUGAUUGCUGUGUCUUUGCCCACGGAUGCAUCUGUGAACCGAAGCUAUAUCUUGACCGCUGAUCGUGAUGAGCACAUCCGUGUGUCACGCGGUCUUCCUCAGUCGCAUGUCAUUGAGAAGUUCUGCCUGGGUCACACUUCUUUUAUCAACAAGCUUUGCGUCCCUUCCUGGGCCCCGCAGUAUCUCAUUUCCGGUGGCGGUGACGACUUCCUGCUCCUAUGGAUGUGGAACGAGGGAAAGGCGCUUCAAAAGGUCCCUCUAGAGGGUGUGUCCCAAGAACCUGAAAUUAGUGUUCGGGGCAUCUGGGCUGUUUCGGCCGAGCACUCUUCAACUCUCCUCUGCUAUACUAUCGAGGAAGACACUCUCAAGUACCAGGAUAGCAUCCAGCUCUCGGGAAACAUUCUGGAUCUAGCUGGUCUUGACUCGCGGGGUUCAAUUGUUAUCUCGGUAGACAAUAUCCGAGAAUCCGGCUCGACAGAGGCAUGGAAGAGCGGCCCCGAAGUACCCCAAACUCUGCUUGAAUGUUUCCAAGUCACUACGGAUCAGGGAUCGCUGAAGUGGAACUCAGCAGAAGACCCAUUGGUGGCCAACAUCAAUGCCGCUGGCACCUCGGCUAUUGCCACCGAUGUCGAUGACAAACAAAAGAAGGCACUCGACGGCGUGCUGUACAGUGGGGGGAGUUCUUCGGAAGAAGCAGUUUGGUGA